AUGACGCCAAUGAGGAUGACAUACCGUACGGUCUUCAAGGUUUAUCAGAGCAAAAAUAGAGUGCCAUAUUUGUUUCAAUCGCGUUCAUACUCUCAGUCGCAGUUUCAAUCUAGGCCCGAACCCGAACGGUCUUCGUUUGGAAUUGCGUUUGACAUUGACGGGGUUAUUCUCCGUGGCCGUGUUCCCGUUGGAGGGUCUCCGCGAGCUUUAAGGAAGUUGUACGGAAUAUCAGGUACUUUGAAGGCUCCUUUUCUGUUUUUGACCAAUGGAGGUGGCAUACCAGAAUCAAGACGAGCCGCUGAAUUAACUGAACUUUUGGGAGUUAACAUCUUGCCUUCUCAGGUUGUACAGGGUCACACACCUUUUAAAAGUCUGUUGAGAAGAUAUGAGAAUGAACUCAUUAUUGCUCUUGGAAAAGGGGAACCGGCUCUUGUAAUGUCUGAUUAUGGUUUCAAAAAAGUGCUCUCAUUAGAUGAGUAUGCAUCCUACUUCAAGAAUAUUGAUCCUGUAUCUCAAUAUAAACUGUGGAGAACUAAGCAGGCAUUGGAUUGCAGCCACCCCAAGGAGUCUGUGCCAAGAUAUGAUGUUUAUUCUGACAGGGUUAGUGCAGCUUUUGUUGUCAGCGACCCUGUAGAUUGGGGCAGGGACAUUCAGGUUCUCUGUGACAUUCUAAGAUCUGGAGGGUUUCCUGGACAAGAGAAUGGCCAUCAACCACCUCUAUAUUUUGCCGCAGAUGAUCUUGAGUAUCAGGCUGCAUUUCCUUCUGAGCGACUCGGAAUGGGUGCUUUCAGAAUUGCACUUGAAAGCAUCUUCAACAGGAUUCACCAUGAUGCUUUGGAAUAUGUCUCUUUUGGGAAGCCAAAUCCGUUUGUGUUUAAGAACACUGAAGCUCUAUUGACACAGCUUCAACCAUCUCAUUGUCAUAAUGAUACAACAAAUACUGGAAACUCUCAGUCGCAUGCUUUCAAAACCCUUUACAUGAUUGGUGAUAACCCUUCAGUUGAUAUCAAAGGUGCUCAACAGGCUGGACAUCCUUGGUUUUCUAUUUUGACGAGGACAGGCGUUUUUAAGGGGAAAGAUAAUCAUGCAGAGUUUCCAGCAGAUCUGGUUGUGGAUACCGUAGAAGAGGCAGUGGACUACAUUCUGAAGAGAGAAGGAACUUCUUAG